CACUGGUUGAAUAUAAUGAUUCAGUGCUUUGCUCUUUGUCCAGCCUCCUAGGUAUUUAACCUUCCUGCGAGAUUUUAGUCUUGGUGAAUAUAUCUCAUCUGUCGUCCUUGAUAAAGUCUGCAGAGCCAAAUUACUUGAGCGCUUUGCACCUGUCCUGACUCAGGGAGUAGAACACAAGUCAGAGCCAGGCUCCUCCAGUUUUUCCUUCCCCUACCAGGCUUUUCUUUUUUGAAAAGCACAUGGCUCCCCUCACACCUAAGUGAGUCCAAGCUGCAGAUUUUGGAGAUUAGAGCUCGAGUGUCGUGCUAACCUUACAGCACAGAGCCAGUGGCUCCAGACAUUUGUCUGCUGCCAGACCUCCCCCUUCCCAUUGGCAGAAAUGCAGAACCAUGGAUCUUCUUGUGUAUACAAGGCUGACUGACAUGAUUUUUUUUGACACUGGGCUUCUAUAGGGGACCUUUCUAUACAUUUUGCUUGAUAGAGAGAAGCCACAUAACUAGAAGCCUUGGCUAGGUCUGCUGAGUUUCAUCUCUAAUGUUUUUCUGGAUACUCUGUAAAUUACAAACUGUGUAUUUCAGAAGCUUCUACUUCAAUCCAAAUAUAACAAAGGGAUAGUAAAUAGAAUUGAAUAUGAUUAACAGUUGGUUGAAAUAUUUGUGGAUCAUUAUUUUUGUGUAGCCACUUGCCUCGAGUCUCUCUUUUCCUGUAAGACCUUAUAUAAACCUUUGAGUACCUAUGCAAAAUGGAGGACAAGACAAUGCUCUUUUGCCCUGUUGUAUUUGGUGUGUGCAAAAUAUUUAACAUAAAACCAGAAAAGCUUUUAUUUCAAUGAAUAUUUAAGUACUAAAGCGAGGACACAAGUGGUGCAUACUCUAAUCUUUCUUUUUUUUUUUUUUCCAUAAAGAUGUUAACUUCCAAAUCUUGUUCCAUUGUCCUACAGGAGUAAAGAUACAUGCAGAAGUAAAAACAAUAUGCUGUACAUGACAAGGAGAGUAAUUUCACUACUUUUUUUUUCAUCUUUGUACACGUAAUGGGAAUUAAAUUGAUUAUAUCACAUUCUAGUAAGUAUUUCCAACAUUACAAAGCUAUAUUGCUUAGAAGAAGUUCUGAACCUGUUUAACACUUGAGAGAAAGUCUUAAGGAAACUGUACAAAAUUGAACACGAAUGUUUUGUAAGUAAAACUAAGAAAAUAACUUUAUAAACUGUUUUAGAUCCCCCCCAGUCUAGUCAUUAAUGACUUCAAUGUUUGUUGGAAACUUUUUGUCUAUAAUCAGGUUUUAUUUACCCUAAUUUUUAUCUCAGCACUUUUACGUUUUGAUUAGAUUCUAGUUUACAAGAUGUCUGAAAACUCAGAAGGGGGGGAGGGGGAAGUGUAGCAAUCAAGCAUAAAUAAGAAGUCAGUAGAAAAACAGAAAAAAGUUAGUGGAAGGGAAAAUGGCACUAGAUAGAUGUAAAGGGAUAGAGAAGGGAGAGGUUUUUCUUUGUAUACUGUGUGAUUGUAUACAAUGUCCACAACUUUCAUUUGUAUACGUCCUUCCCCAGUUUAGUCCUUGCUCCUGAUACUAAAGGUGUAACCAUGUGGUUUUACAUAAUAUUUUGGCAUCAAAUUUCAUUUGAUUAAAAAAAAACCCAGAAUAACUUGAAAUGCCCGUAGUGCUUAUUGUUUUUUGUCAACCUCCUUUUCAUCUUUGUUAAUGGCCUUUUUAAUGUGCUUUUUCAUGAAGCUUGUUUGCUCCGUUUCCCCUUCACGUCUUUCCUCUCUCUCUCUCUGCCGUUUCCUUCCUUUCUGGGUAAGCCUUGUUGUUCUACCCUGGUUCCCUGCUGAGGUCCCCCAGAGCGCACUCCCUCUUCUGUGCUUUCGCUCUGGUUCCCCUCUGCUCUCUGAUGCUCUCUAGGAGCUUCUUUAGUUGUCUUUCCCUCUUGAAAGGUGCUAAGAAGUUGUCCACCAGCCGCAGCUCUGACUUCCUAUGGCCAGGUUAUGAGUACGGUUUCGGAACAGGCAGAGGGAAACAGGAAGCACCGCUUGAGCAAGCGACGGGGUGCUCUGGCUGUGCCCAGGUCACGGUGAGGGGGUGGUGGGGCCCCGCUCUCAGCACCCGCAGCAGCCUCAGUGGCUGGGCACCAUCUUUCACACGCCACUAGCGUAAAGCCUGGUGGUAGUGGUGUGUUCGUCCGUUUUCAGCAAGCCUCUGGUGUGUGUGUGCAGGUAGCAUAGAAAGCAAGCCUAACUUUGUAUUUUUCUGGCUUUGGGAGAGGUAGGAGAGAGCAGCCCUCGGCCUGGGGCUCUGCCGUCAGUCUCAAAGUACCUUGUUCUCCCUUUCUUUGAAGAGGCAGUAUGGCAAUUCCUGAAAAAUGUUUUCCUCUCCUUUUUAGCAUUUCUAAGGAUUUUCAAUAAACCCUUCUAACCCUGGGAUGGAUUUGUAGUUCUUGGUGCUUUGACUUCGAGUGCUGCUCAGAACAGGCCUGAAACAGAAAAGCCAGGGGUGAGAGGGCAGGGCUUGACCAAAGUUUCUGGAGCUCCUGCCAGACACCUGCCCUUUUUUUGUCCCCAAGGUGGGCUGUGAGUGUGCCACGGCCAUUUAGAUCCUGCUCUGAGGUGGCGAUUACGAUUAAUCUGUGCUCCUGCUGCUGCUCAGCGCUGCCCUGCCCCUCCUGCCGCGGCUUUGCGGGGCGGCAGCCGGGGCGGCUCCCCGGGGUCUCCCUCACCCCCUCCCAGCCGGCCGGGCCCAGGGGUGCGUUGUCAGCUGUUCCCUGCCACGGCUUGCCGGUCUUUACCCCAGGAUGGCACGUCACGGGGAUGAGGCUCACUCGCUGUAACGUCAUUCUCGAAAUAACGGCAGCGCGGAGGAGAGAAAGGUGAUCUUCCCGCCUCUCCCUCCGCGGGGCGCCCCGCUACCCAGCGGAACUACAUUUCCCAGCAUGCCGUGAGCGCGGCCUGGGGGCGAAUCGUUCUCCAGACUUGUCCCCGCCGCGUUGCCGUAGCAGCCGGCGGGGGCGGCUGUCAGGCGGUGACGGCGGGCGGGACGCGCCCAGGUUGCUGCUGCUGCCGGGACGCGGCUGGGUGCGGGUGGCGGUUCGCAGAGGAGGGGGCGGCGGGGAGAGCGGCAGACCCGGCCCGGCCAUGGACGAGCAAGCGGGGCCAGGCGUUUUCUUCAGCAACAACAACAAUAAUAACGCCUUGCUUCUGCCGCCGCCGGCGGGCGGGCCGGGGCUGGAGCCGGGAGAGGCGGCAGCAGCAGCAGCGGCCGCCGCGGCGGCAGCAGGAGGAGGAGGAGGCGGCGGCGGCGGAGGGGUCUCAGCCUCCGGACCCGCCGCACCGGUGUCGGCGUCCCGGGCUCAGUACAGCGUGCCGGGCAUCCUGCAUUUCCUGCAGCACGAGUGGGGCCGCUUCGAGACGGAGCGCGCCGAGUGGGAGGCGGAGCGAGCGGAGCUGCAGGCCCAGAUUGCCUUUCUUCAAGGUGAAAGGAAAGGACAAGAAAAUCUGAAGAAGGAUCUGGUGCGAAGAAUCAAAAUGCUGGAAUAUGCGCUUAAACAGGAAAGAGCUAAAUAUCACAAAUUAAAAUAUGGCACAGAAUUGAAUCAGGGAGAUAUGAAGCCACCAAACUAUGAUUCUGAUGAAGGGAACGAGACAGAGAUUCAGCCACAACAAAACAGUCAGCUAAUAUGGAAACAAGGACGACACCUGCUAAGACAGUAUCUACAAGAAGUGGGCUACACCGACACAAUAUUGGAUGUGAAGUCAAGACGAGUACGAGCUUUAUUGGGCCUCUCAAGUGAUGCUUCAGAGAAGGAAAACAGAAAUCAAGAGCCAAUGGUAAAUGGCACAGAGGGCCAGAUUAAAGAAAACGCGAUGAUUGGGAAACCUGAAUUGACUGACUCUGCCUCUCUGCUAGAGACCUUCAAGUUUCUUGAAAAUGCAGCUGCAGACUUUAGUGAUGAAGAAGAUGAUGAAGAUAUUGAAGGAAGAGAGAAAACAAUCAUUGAUACCGCAACAAUUGUAAGGAAAAGAGUGCUAUCUGACAGCAGUGAAGACAGAGAUACAGAAGAAGCUUUGAAAGAAUUUGACUUUUUGGUUACCUCAGAUGAAGGUGACGGGGAAUCGAGAAGUUCAGGAGAUGGAACAGACUGGGAAAAGGAAGACCAGUGUCUCAUGCCUGAAGCCUGGAAUGUCGACCAGGGAGUAAUAACCAAACUCAAGGAACAAUACAAAAAGGAGCGCAAGGGGAAAAAGGGGGUGAAGAGAAAAACUACCGAAGAUAUGUUUCAGCCUCAAUCCUAUAUAAAACAGUCAAAACAGGGAUGUGGGAAAAUGAUGGAGCAAAGCACAGGGCCCAACAGGUCAAAGCUGCAAGAUAUGCUUGCAAACUUGAGAGAUGUUGAUGAUCUCCCCUCAUUACAGCCAUCUGUUGCACCUUCUUCUAGGCCCAGUAGCUCAAGGCUCAUUGAACACGAGAUAAAUAGGACGGAUGAAGUGGAAGCUUUAACAUUCCCUCCUUCUUCAGGGAAAUCUUUCAUUAUGGGACCAGAUGAAGCCCUUGAAAAUGAGCUAGGUCUUGGAGAACUGGCAGGCCUUACAGUAGCCAAUGAGGCAGAUUCACUGACUUAUGAUAUAGCAAACAAUAAGGAUGCAUUGAGAAAAACUUGGAACCCCAAAUUCACAUUAAGAAGUCACUUUGAUGGAAUAAGAGGUCUCGCUUUUCAUCCGGUUGAACCAGUCUUAAUAACAGCUUCAGAGGACCAUACAUUAAAAAUGUGGAAUUUACAAAAAACAGCCCCAGCAAAAAAGAGUGCUUCUCUUGAUGUAGAGCCAAUAUAUACCUUCAGAGCACAUAAUGGACCAGUGCUCUGUGUGGUGAUGAGCAGUAAUGGCGAACAGUGUUACAGUGGGGGAACGGAUGGCCUCAUCCAUGGCUGGAAUAUAACCAACCCAAACAUCGACCCUUAUGACUCUUAUGAUCCUUCUGUUCUGAGAGGUGCUUUUGUAGGCCAUACGGAUGCAGUGUGGAGUCUGGUUUACAGUGGAGCACACCAGCGUUUGCUGUCCUGUUCAGCAGACGGCACUAUACGUCUAUGGAAAGCUACAGAAAUUGCUCCAGCUCUUGCUAUAUUUAAUGAUAAUCAAGAAAUGGGAAUCCCUUCAUCAGUAGAUCUUGUGAGCAGUGACCCGAGCCUCAUGGUAGCAUCAUUUAACAGUGGACACACUAGCAUUUUUAACAUGGAGACACGGCAACGAAUUCUUACGCUGGAGUCCAGUGCGGAUACUACAGUCAGUUCCUCCUGUCAGAUAAACAGAGUCAUCAGCCAUCCAACUCUUCCAAUUAGUAUCACUGCUCAUGAAGACAGACACAUCAAAUUCUACGACAACAAUACAGGAAAACUGAUCCACUCCAUGGUAGCUCACUUAGAUGCAGUUACAAGUUUAGCUGUUGAUCCUAAUGGCUUGUAUUUGAUGUCUGGCAGUCAUGACUGUUCAAUUCGCUUGUGGAAUCUUGAAAGCAAGACCUGCAUCCAAGAAUUUACUGCUCAUCGCAAAAAAUUUGAUGAAUCCAUUCAUGAUGUGGCAUUCCACCCCUCCAAAUGUUAUAUUGCCAGUGCAGGAGCAGAUGCCCUGGCUAAAGUCUUUGUAUGACGGAGUGCUUCCCUUUCAACUCUAGCUUUGUAUAUAUUUAACCAGCUGCACAAAAGAGAAGAGGAGGGCAUGAGUCGUCUUAUCCUGCCCUAUAAUACAGAGAAUGUUUGUAAGUGUUUAGUUUUGCAGGGUGCUGUUUUCUAAAUUGACGUUUGUCCUGGUUUCUGUAAGCUCAGCUGGUGCUGAGAGCUUGGAAACUCUCAGUUUCAAAUAGUUAAAAAACAAAGGAAAAGCUUUUAUUUCAGAGGGUGUGAAUUUUCGUCCAGGCAGGCCUUGGGUGAAACUAGGUCUAUGUAUUCUCUAUUAAUAAAAUGGAGUACUGGAAAGAAGGGGUCUAAUUGCAUCAGGGAGUAGGAAAAGAGGGAAACUUCCUGGGAUGCUUCUUGUUGAGGAAUCUUAAUGUACUUAAAAUUAUAUCACCUAGAAAAAAGUGACAGUUCACAUGCUCAUUUCUGUCAUGUGAGAGGCACUUUGUCAUCCCCUUGGUAUUAAUAAAGUAGGUCUUGUUCAGAGAGCAGUAGCGGAUAGUUAAUCUCAGCCACCUGGCUGCUAGCCUAAGAUAAAUGCAAUUAAAGGAAAGCAAAUUACUAACAUAAAUUAAAAUGUAUUAAAGUUUUUGUUAUAACUUCUGUGUUAUACAGUAAAUAUUUAGUUUGCAAAAAAAAUUUAUAUAAGUUUUUAAAGACUGUAUUAGCGUGUGGCUAGAAGCUGAGCCUUUAGUCUAGUCCCAAUUAACAACAGACUGAAGUAGUCUGUAUAUACUGUAGUAGCAGAUUUAACUUAUUCAGAUUUAUAACGCUGUUUAUUCUUGGAGAUCUGGCACAAGAAAUUAUCACAAAGAUUUCCAAAGAAGCUGUCCUACAAUUUAACUAUCAAACAUUCAUCUCCUCUUUCUGUUCCUGCUAAAAAGGGUAUCAUUCUGGGCAUUAAGGAUAACAGUGAAAUACUUCUUUUGAAGAUUAAGCCUAUACCUGAUGCUUUGUAUGAGUCCUACUAGUGCAAUAGGUGGGAACUAUACAAAGUUCCAUCCGUUUGAGAGAUUCUGCUACUUCCAGAGGUGUUUCCCAGCUUCACCAUUUGUUGAACUUUUUAACUUGUCUGCUUCACUGGGCGUAUCGUGCCAUUGAUUAGGUUACCUGAAGAAUGAGUGCUUCUUGUAAUUACUCAACAGAUGUGCUUUGUUUGCCUAUUCAGAGCUUCUCUGUUGAUUUGGAUGACAAAUAACUUUUCAUCUGAUCUUCUAGUCUUUUUAUCCCUUCUUAAAGGAAGGUGAGUGGAUUCUUUUCUAUUAUGUGUCAUCAUCAGAGUUAUUACUGCUCAUAAGCCUGAAGUUAGUGCUUCCCUCUAAUGGGAAUGGAAGGCAGCAUUUCUGCUGGAGAUGAUUCUAGUGCUGUUGUGAGUAGGAAAGAACCCAAUGCAACUCUUCCACAUACCAGCCUGAGGUUAAGACUGGAAAUGGAUAAAAUAAAUCUUUACCUUUAAACUGACACUUUUUAAAAAGGAAUCAUUGAAAGAUACCAACAUAGGGUCUGACUGUGUUGUUUUUAGAGUGGCAUUUGGGGAUGGGACCACAUUUGAAGCUGUUCUCAGAGUUUAAAUCAACUAUAUUAUUUAGAAUAAAAAGUUGACCUGUGCUGUUUGAGCCUGCAACAUAUUAUAUUUACUGCUAAAAUAUCCUGGAAUACCUUUUAUUGCUCAGAAUAUUCAGAUAUGUCACUUCAUGAUAUUGAUAAGCAAUAUAUUUCCAUAGGUAAGAUUAGAACUUUUACCAUGAAACAGAUGACUACAACAGUAAUUCAGAUUAUUUAGUUUUUAUAAAGUGUUUUGGUUAUGAUGGAAAGGGGGAAACUUGGCUACAAAUCUCAGCAUUCAACUUUGUGAGAGUUCUGUGUACUUGACUCAUUCUUUCAGUGUCAUUAUUUUAUUUCUUUUUGAAGAGGAAAUUACAAAGAUUUAUUUGAAAAAUUCUAAAAGUUAUGUAUAUUAUAUAUGUGUAUAUAUAUUGUAAACAUGUAUUAAAUGUGUCUAGUAAGGGAAGAAUCCAUGGGUGCAUUUUAAUGUUUUAGUAUUAAGAGUUCUCUUGAGUUUGCGUAUACAAAGGAUAAUGGUGUGAGUAUGAAAUGAAUGUUGUGCUUUUGCUUACACAAUACAAUAUGUAGUUACAGUUGUUUAAAUUGCUGUACAUAAAACUAAUAGGCUGGCAUGCUUGUUUUUAAAGACUGUCAUUCUGAUUACAAUUGGAAUGUAAGAAGUGGCUGUUCAAAUGUGAAUUGAAAGAUGUUUCCUUCUCACUAUUGAGCUCUUGCUCAAACUGAAAAGUGAUUUUUUUUAAAAGCUGGCAAUAGCUAGAGGAUGAGGUGCCUUUAAAAAAAAACAAAACAAAUGUAGCCUUACAAAGAGGUUGUGGAGUAUAUAUAUUUUUGUGCUGGUCUUCAUAAUUGAUGUCAAUGUCUUUUUACUGUACUUGCUCACAUAUUUGUAGGACUGCAGGGUAUUGUGCAUGAGCCUGUCAGAUCUUCUGAACAUCAUCAUAGGAGUUACAGAUGAAAAAAUUAUUGAGGUUAUCUAGUCCAUCUGCUUGCUAAAGCAGGGUUGUAGACUUGUGCAUUUUAAUAUUGUCUUGGCCAGUGAGGUUUUAUAUAUGUUCUAAACAAUUAGGCUUCCUUUCGAAGAUUAUUUCAAUGAUUACAUCUCACUGACAGGAGGAUUUACAUGAUGUUUAGUAGUUCUUUUUUUGUAACUUCAUGCCAGUUUUCCAAGCUGUGUUUUGUGCCAUUUUAGUAUUCCUCAUCAUCUUUGUAACUCGGAACUUGCAUGCAUGCACUGGUUCUAGCUGUAUAUUUCCAUUCCUUUCCACUUUUUUUCAAGCUAUUUUUUAGCUUGCUCUAAUUUUUUUUGUUUUCAGCUUUUUAGCUCAGUUCUCCAUAUCUUGGUGCCCACAACACCAUUCCACAUGCACGAUUUGUUGGACUUAGUCUGAAGGUCAUCUGUUAAGUGUGGAUUUUUGUUUGCUUUUUUCCUCUGUAACAUGAUGCUUUUGUGUAGGAAGACCAAACUUCUGGUCUUCUGGCUAGCGUCUCAUAAACCCAAAUUGUAUUUCUUUCUGACAACUGUUUUUAAUAACUUUGAGCAUUGUUGCUUCUCAAGUUUCUUCGCUUUCAGUAUGUUGUUAUGAUUCGUUUGCAGCUAGUCACUUAAUUCCUAUAGCCUGGGUUUUAUAAAUUUUGAACUUUUGAUUUCUGAGGGCACUAAAUUAUUUUUAUUUUUUUCACUUUUAUGUGCAGUUCUUCCUGGUUCAAUGCUAUUGGUACCUUUCAUGAAUGUGAUACAUACAUCUGUUGAAGAUGUAAACAAAACUGGACCUAAGGCUUGUUCUUGCAAAAAAGCAUUUUUGUGCAACAUCAAUAUAUGACAUGUUACCAUUACUAUUUUUCCCAUAUCAAAUUUACAUGGUACAUUUUUUAAUGGUUAACUCAUAUAACGUUUUAUGUAUGUUAGCCUGUGCUACUGAUUUUGGUGUUUCUAACUAAUUUAAUGGGAGAAUUUUCAGUCCUUCUAUAUGUUGAAGAUUGGUCCACUAGGUUUAAAUACUCUUGUUUUUAUUUCUAAUUUACUUCACUGUGUUGUUUGCUUUCACGUAUUUGAUUCAGUUACCAAAACGCUUGCACUAAAUGAUUUGGAGUAGCCUGGAAGAAGCUCUAGAUAUAACUAUAUUGUGGAAAACAUUUUCUUCACUCUUACAAAAUCCUACUGUCUACAUUUAUUUUUGUGCCUCAAAGAGAAGACUUUUGACAUACCAUGUAAAAGAUUUUAUUACUUGGAAGAAAAUCACCCGAUGAAUAUUUAGCGAUCUCAUUCAUCUUUCUUUUGAUAAAAUAUGUUCUUCAGCAAGAAGCCUGUAGAACUAUAUGCCACAUACUGUAGGUUAUUUUUUAGACCAUGUUUUCAAAUAAUCUUAUGUUAAAGCAGUCCCAUAUGUAAUGUGUUCGAGUGUGCGAUGUUCACCAUAUGGCUUUGUGAUUAGGUCAUUCAGCACCAUUUUGCAGUUGUGAAUUCAACGUAACCAGAAACAUGUCCUUUUGAAUAAAUGUGUAGGAGAUAAAGGACCUAGUUACGCCACCUUUUCCAGUACACCUGUUUGAUCACAGAUGCGUCCCCUUUCCCCACCUCCUUUGUCACAUUUUAACAAUGUAAUUUUGUGGAGCAGCAAUUUCCAUAAACUGAUGUGUCAUUUGAGCAGUGUUUGAUUGGCAGAAGUGUUAGUCCAUCCCAAAGGAAACAAAAAAAUUAAAAAGUGGGCGUGACCAUCAGAUAAGCAAGUUUGGGGUUUUUGAAAUGUCUUUUAAGAUCUGUAUUUGGAAGCAUUUGCAGGCUGUGGUUUGGCAGUGUCUUUGCAGGCUGUCCUAGGGAGCCUACUUGACACCUGUCUAAAACAUCUGGUACACCUAGUAAUGUAGGUUGAGUUAAGGAAGAAAAUGCAUCCAUUGUGGCUAUCCCUGUGCCUGUGCAAGAGACUGUAGCGGUGUUCUCCUUGGAGUCCUCUUUGCUGAAGCAUUAGGUUUGCAAUCUAACACAAGUAAUUUCUGCAGCGUGGGAGUAUCCGCAAAUGAAACUAUCUGUAUUUUUACUCUGAAGAUCUGUAGGCAGCAGUCAUUUGGAUUGUGGGCUGAACAGCGAAGGAAGCAGGGAGACCAUUUGCUGAGCUCUGUAUAGGGGAUAGAUGGGUUAAAUGGCCAGAACCGGUGUGUCCUCCAUGCAGUCAUCAUGGAAGAAUUUGGCUGGGGAGUAGCGCAGAGUUUAGCCCGAUGGUAUCUAAAGGAAAACAUUAAAAGGUUAGAGUAACAAGUUUAGCAAGGUUUUCAGGUUUUCCCAUAACCAUUCUUCAGAUUUAUUGAUUUGUCUAUUGGUUGCAGGUUAUGUGAAGGAUAAAAUCUAGUAUAUAUCCAGAUUCUACACACUCUUGUGUCAAAGUAAAAAGCAGAGAUUGUUCAAAUUUCAAAACUAUGUCACUUUAGAUGAGGAGAUGGCAAGAGAUUUGUAGUAGCUUAUUACUUAAAGUCUAAGAACAGAACUUACUCUUCUGCAAACAUAGUCUUCAUGUUGGGACCCAGUUAUGUGAAGGUAAGUUCCUCAGACAUUGUAGUGGGACUACUCUUUUGCUUCUGGAUAAACAUUUAUUUAAAAACAAAAUUUCAGGACGAAGGCUUUGUCUCAUGAUGUCCGUUAGUAUUGAACCAAAGCCACAAAAUUUGGGAAGCAGAGUAGAAUUUUAGGCUUUUUCUCAUUUUUCUUUUUUUUUUUUCUUCAGUCAUAAUCUACAUAGUAAAUAUAUAUUACAUACAGUGUCAUCUGUACAACUCACUUCACAUUAAAUAGCCCAUUCUGUAAAAAAUACUCCUUCAGUACUUUCUCAUGCAAACAAGAUGUGAAUGGGACCAGUGGUUCCAGGUAACUUGUAACUCACUUAGCACGUCUGUCAGCUUUCUAAUGGGUGAGCUGAUAAGAUUCAUGGAAAUAACUGUGAAAACAUGAUGCUGCUUAUAAUAUAGCACUUCAAAACAUUCUGAAAUUUGUGGCUUUUUAGUGGAAACUGGUUUGGACUACACUGUUAAGAAUGAAGAAAUCGGGAUAAGAUAGUAAACCACUUAUUGUAAAUUGGUCUGUAUAAGAUGUUGCAGUCUUUGAUGUGGUAAUUUGAGUUUUCUUGGGCAUCUGCUGUUGGUGAGCAUGGUAGGGAUGCUCAGUGUAGCUGUUUAGUAUUGACAGAGAAGAAGUGAGGAUUUCCCUGAAAAAAUUGUUCAGAUGUUUCAGGAAGCUCCAUUUUUCCAUAAGAAUGUGAAGGCAUUGAGAAUAUUUUAUCUAUAUCUGAUAAUGUAUUUAGUUGAAGAGGGUUACAAUAGGUGAACAUCUUGACGCUUUCAUCAUUGGCGUCUUUAAGCUUAGAGACGAACGCUGUUAGUGAAACGCAUGACCUGUGAACUGCUAGUCAAAACCUCUGCAAUGUUUCUUCCGAGCAGCAGAGAAACUGAUGUUAAUCCACCCAGUUAUAUAGGAGGUGUUUUACAGGAAACAACCCAUAUUGUAAAAGAUAGUAUUACAUACAACAGAGCAAAUGAACAAGGUGUGGGGGGGACGAGCUGGGAUGACCUUUGUAUAAAGAGUCCUUUAGCUUUAGCUGGUGGGACUAAUCCCUGGAGGGCAGGAUGGUGGGAAGUUAGACCUUUAAAGUGAUGUCUCUGCCUGUGCUAAUGAACAUGCCUGUUGUGCAGGUUAUCUAUCCUUUUGAUACCUGAUUUUUAUCUUCCCACUUAAACCCUCCUUAAGAUUCUCAGAAAAUAGAGCCUAAAAAUCCCAUCUGCAGUGGACUCUCAUUGCAGGGUAAAUUUCAUAAAGGACUAUUGAGUUUCUCUUAGUGUUUUUUGAAGGGUGGUGGGGUUUCAGCUUCAGCCCUACCCCUGCCAUCACCAGUAGGCUGGUGUGUACCUACUCAUUCCCAGUUCAUUUAAUUCUAGUGAGUUAUCUCUUACCCUACCUGCUGAUUUAAUUUUACUGCUCUGUAGUCUGUUGUGAAAACUUACGAGGUGCUGUAUCAUUUAAGAUGUUUUUGAGAAUCUGAAUUCCACUACAGAAGGUGUAAAUCCAUUUGAAUAGUACAAUUUGUGGGUCUCAACUGGUUCAGUGUCAGGAGGGAUUUGUUGCUGGAUGACCAAAUCCAAACUAUGGCUGAACUAAAAAGGCAUUUAAUAAUAUUAUAUGCUAAAAGCCCAGCUACCUUCCUGAUGGAAUCUGGGUUGUGGUAUUGUGCAUUAAACUAGUUUCGCCCUGCUGUUGCUGCCAAGCCAUGUUGUGAUCCUGGGAGAUCACAGCCACGUUUAAACCAUGCCUGCAUGCGUGUUUUUUAAGCUGCUCAAAGCCUUGUGUUGACACGGUCCUCAAGCUCGGUCUACUUGCAUUCCCUCUGUUUGAAUUGCAGGCUCCCAAAAUUACUUCCUUGCUAUUUCAAAGAAACCCUUGGUCCUCACACCGGAGUAUUAGACUGGGGCGUUGAGAGAAGAUUUAUGCAGCUGGAUUUGUACUUUUCUGAAAGGGAAGGGAUAACUUGUUGCCAAGCCAAAUAUUUUCAUUAUUUUUUGAUUACUUACUAAAAGCAGCCAAAAACAUUGUAUAAGGGAUAAACGAUGGACUUCAAGCUAAUAUUUUUCCAUUAAGAAUUUAUUUUUUUAUUCUUCCUGUCAUCAAGGUAGUGCUUUCUGAAUGUAGCUUGUUUUCAGGCCCCUAGAAUUGUUUCCUUGCAGUCAGACAUUUACAAACCUGCAUAGGUUUUGAAAACUGUUUCAUGUGUGUUAGCACUUUUUCUGGAAAUGCAAACUGAGCAUGUUAGCUAAUAAUUUCUUGUACCUUUAUAGCUCAAGCAGACUGAAAAGUGGUCUUGUGCUAUAUUUUCUUUGAAUCAUGCAUCUGAAAAAAACUUGCAGAAGAAAAUCCAUGAUAAGACUAUUGUUGCUGUACGAUUUUCUGUUGACAUUUGUCAGCAUAUCAACUACCUGCGUUGUAUUUUGUGUAAAUAUCUUCAAUUGGUUUCUUUUUUAAAAGAAACUGUCAGGUUAAAAAAUAAAUUCCCAACAAAUUUCUUUGCCUUAUGAACCCAUACUUUGGAUUUUUUGUUCUUGUUUAUAUUAAUACAAUUCCGCCCCCCCCUCCCCCCCAAGAAUAACUAUUGAACUUAGAGUUACCUGACAGUUCUCUUUUGGAGAAGAUACCACAGGUGAUAACCACUUAAAUGUUAGUAAUUACAGUUGCUCCUCUUCUGUUCUGGGUCACUUCCAUGACAGGUAGUUGAUAAGAAAAGGCUACCGUGACUGGUACAUAAACAGCUCAAGGAAAUUAAGACUCCCCUUCAGAAUUACGCUGAGGUUAUGAUUUUGCACGCCAGUUUUGAAUGACUACUUUGAAACAAUGUUGGGCUUCAGGUGUCUUGCAAAGCGGUCCAAAUGAGAAAUGCCUACUUGUUGAGUAAUAGUCUGCUUGUCAGUUUGUGUAUGGCUCGGCACGAGGCUGUGUCAGAAUUUCAGUACCACCAAAUCACCUUGUUUAAAUGCUACUGUUGUGCAAAACUGAAUGUUAAUUCAAGUGAGAAGUUCUGUUUUCUAACUUGUGAAGGAAAUAAUUUUCUUGGGAGUAAGGAUCCAUACAUUUCAUGUAUUUCAUGAUUUCAGAAAGGCUUCUUAAUCAUGACACAUGAGAAAAGUGAAAAAGUGAUUCGUUCUCCAAAGAUUUGAUAACCAUUUAUUAUAAAAAGUAUAAAUUUUUGCUUUAAAUGAAAAUGCUUCUUCAGACAGUUAAGAUUAAACUUCUUACUAAAAUUCAAUAUUUUAAAAUCCUGGAUAAAUAUCUAAAAUGGCAAAGAUAGAAAAUUCAGGGGGAGAUUAUUUUGAAAUAUGCCAGUAUAUUUUUGAGCUUCUCAAUUGCAGCCCUGAAGUUUCUCUUUUUCACUGCAAUUCCUAUUUUGUGAAACAUCUUGGAUAGGUUAUAUUUAAAGCUACAUUCACUUGCCUGAAUUAAGUCAAGUAAAUAUUUUGUCAUUAAAACUAUAUAGAUCUGCUUACAUUAGUGUGCCGUUUAAAAUGAGACCACGUUGAGAUAGCCACGCAGGUAUUUGUAUUGGUAUGACAGUAGUGAAGUGGGGUAGCUGUAUACUGUACCUGCGUUCUGUGCUGAGCAAAAUCACAUGGACUUCCAGAAAUAAGCAAUGGUUUUUAAGAGCAGCUUUAUUUAAUGUUACAGCAGCAAGUAAGUGUCAUUUGUACCAUAUAAUUAUGUAAAUUGGGUGCUAAUAAAUACUAUUUUU